AUGGCGAAGAAAGGCGCGACACAGUCCCCCAAGGCCGGGUCAAAGCCCAAUUCUCAGACAGGAGACGCUCAAUCCAAAAAUCAAAAGGCCGAUAGGAGAAAGAGCAACGAGCCUGUGGUCGAGAAGGUCGCGGAAAAAGAGGAGCAACGGGAAGAGGAGACCGAGGAGAGCGAAGAGGACGAGAGCGAGGACGAGCAACUCCAGAUUCGGGCCAAUGGCAACAAUGAGUCUGAUUCGGAGGAGGACAGUGACGAAAACAGCGAAGACGAAGACGAGUCCGACGAUGAUAGCGGAGAUGAACAUCCAACCCACCACAUCGACUUCGAGGCGAUAGACGACUCCGAUUCAGAAUCGGAGCUCGACUCCGACGAAGAGAACGACAAGAAGCAAGAUAGCAACAAGGCGCAAAAUGGGAUGUCAGAAGACAAGAUGGAUGUUGAUAAGGAUGGCGAGGACAAGUCAGGUGAUGAGGAAGAUGAGGAGGAGGAGAUUGACGUCGAGGAGCUAGAGCCCGAGGACGAAGAGGAUGAAGAGCAAAUCGCCGCGGGCACGCGCACACGCCAGACCAUUAACAACAAGGAAGGCCUGCUCACAGCGCUGCGGCGUAUCCAGCUGGACAUCAACCCAAAGACGACCCCCUUUUCCUUCCACCAAUCUGUCGUGGCAUCCAAGCGUACGGAGGACUCCAUCCCUCAGAUUGAAGACGACCUGCAGCGCGAGCUGGCCUUCAUGAACCAGGCGCUGGAGGCGGCGCGGUUGGGCCGCUCGCUGCUGCGCAAGGAGGGCGUCCCGUUCACGCGGCCGACCGACUACUUCGCCGAGAUGGUACGGACGGACGCGACGAUGGAAAAGGUCAAGCAGAAGCUCAUAGAGGAGGCGACGGCCAAGAAGGCAGCUGCUGAGGCGCGCAAGCAGCGCGACCUCAAGAAGUUCGGCAAGGCUGUCCAGGUCCAGAAACAGCUGGAGCGCGCCAAGCAGAAACGCGAGGCGCUGGACAAGAUCAACCAGCUCAAGCGGAAACGCGCCGAAGGCGGGUCCGCGGCCCUCGGUGCAACCGAGGCAGACGAUCCGUUCGACGUCGCCGUCGACAACGAACUCAGUCGCGACUCCAAGCCCAAGAAGCGCCGUGCGGACGGCGACCACCCUGUUCCCAACCCCAAGCGGCAAAAGAAAAACGCCAAGUACGGUUUUGGUGGCAAGAAGCGCGGCUCCAAGUCGGGUGACGCUAUCUCGUCUGGCGACUUGAGCGGGUUCAGCGUCAAGCGUAUGAAGUAUGGCGGCGGUGCUGGCGGUGGCAAGAAGAAGGCCAACCGGCCCGGUAAGGCUAGGAGGAAGGCUGCUGCCGCAAAGAGGUAG